AUGACCUCCUACUUCCGUUCCAUCUUUGGUGGAAGCCCAUCUCCUAGUCACGACCACUCUUCCAAGUUACGUUCACGUUCCAACCCUGCAAACUUCUUCUAUGGGCCCCCAGCUGGUCCGAGUUCCUCUUCACGCCUAAAGACAAAACGAAGCAAUAGCUUCAGUGCCGCACCAGCUCCCUCUCCACUACGAUAUACCACGUUUGAUGAUCCCAGAGACAUGAGAUACGGUACUCCGUCGAACGUCGAGAAGGUGCCGCUCUACAGGCGUGCCAGCUACAAGUCAUCCGAACAUCUCGGGCAGUAUCCUUUGUAUAAUUAUGCGCCACCCGUCUCGUAUGGCGCAUCUUCCCGUACAAGUUCAAGUUCUUCUUCGGGUUUCCCGGGCAUGCAUCCAGGCACCCCAUCUCCCUACGACAGACGGCCUUCUUUGCAACAGCGUCAUACUUGGCAGAGCAGUAUCUCAUCUGCGAAUGGAUCGGCUCCUUCAUAUAUUGCAAUGGAUCCACAUGGGAGACGCGCACCUGCACUGCAUAUGCAUCCACUCUUUGCCUCCACUCGCCUUCACUCCGCGCCCAUAAAUUACGACGUCAUCUAUGGCCCUUCGCCGCGAACCGUUCUAGACCGUACCACGCAUUCACCCGUCGACGCUCAUACAUUAUCUCAACCAGCAACAGACCCUCCCACUCCGGCAUCAUCUCGUAUCCUCCUUCGUUCAGAUAAGUUCCCGUGGCCCGUGGUCGUCGGGUCGUGCAGAAAUGGGCGCUCUCCUGAUAUCACCAAUCUCGACCUUCUUCAUUCACUACAUGAGACGCUUCUCACGAGAGUCACGCCUCAAGAGUGGGAGGCGCUUGGUCAUGGAAGCAGGGCUCAACGGAAAGUCACGCAGGCAUACGAACAGCGGUGUACCAGAUUGGGAGGCGGAUGGGAAGGCGGAGUCCGACGGGUGGAUUGGCUGCAUGGGAAAACUCGUUUGAUCGGAAUAGAAGUGGAGAAGCAUGGACCCGGCGCCGGCUCCGGAAGACUCGUUUUUGGCAAGGCUUGA